ACGCGCGGCGUGUGGGGGCGGGCACGGCGCGGGGACGCGCGUUGUUGGGAGCGGGGAAGAUGCCGCCCGUGGACAGGCUGCUGCUGGAGGAGGCGCUGCUGGACAGCCCGCAGACACGUUCCCUGCUGAGUGUGUUUGAGGAGGAUGCCGGCACCUUAACUGACUACACAAACAAGUUGCUGCAGGCCAUGCAGAGGGUCUACGGUGCUCAGAAUGAAAUGAGUAUUGCAACACAACAGCUGUCCAAACAGCUCCUUGCAUAUGAGAAGCAGAACUUCGCCUUGAGCAAAGGGGACGAUGAAGUGAUUUCUACUCUUCACCGCUUUGCCAGAGUUGUCGAUGAGCUAAAUUCUCUCCAUACGGAACUAGCUAAACAAGUUGCUGACACCAUGAUAUUCCCAAUGAUACAGUUCAGGGAAAGAGAUCUUACCGAACAUGAUGUGGCGAUGGCAAAGUACAGCAAGUUACCCAAGAGAAGAGAAAAUGAAAAGUUGAAGGCAGAGGUGGUGGCCGAAGUAGCUGCAGCAAGGAGAAAGCAGCAUCAUUGUUCCUUGCAGUAUUACUGUGCCUUAAAUGCACUGCAACACCGGAAGCGAGUGGCAAUGCUGGAUCCAUUACUUGGCUUCAUUCAGGGUCAGAUCAACUUCUUCAAGAUGGGAGUGGAGAUGUUUUCGAAGAAGCUGGAUGAAUUUUUGUCUUCUGUUGCAAACAUGGUUCAAAGCGUCCAAGGACAACUGGACACAGAGGCUGAAUCUAUGCGACUGACCCAGCAGGAGCUGCUGCUGGCCAGUGAGACCACCUAUAUGCCUGACAACAACACUGCCGCGUCCCAAAAAGCUAACAGGAACCUCCUUCAGAAGGCUGGCUAUCUGAAUAUUCGAAAUAAAACUGGCCUGGUGUCUACAUCCUGGGAGAGGCUGUACUUUUUUACCCAAGGAGGGAACCUAAUGUGUCAGCCACGCGGGGCUGUGGCCGGUGGACUCAUCUUGGAUCUGGACAAUUGCUCCGUGAUGGCAGUAGACUGUGAAGACAGAAGAUACUGUUUUCAGAUCACAUCACCUUCAGGGAAAAUGAACAUUAUCCUACAAGCAGAAGGCAAGCAGGAGUAUGAAGAGUGGAUUUGCACAAUCAAUAAUAUAUCCAGGCAGAUCUACCUCACCGACAACCCAGAGGCAAUUGCAAUUAGGCUGAACCAGACAGCAGUGCAAGCAGUGACACCGAUGUCCACGUUUCAGAAGAAACAUGAAAGUUUUCGUCCGAAGCGGGCUGAGAGCGGAGGUGCAGAAGCCGCCAGCAGUGAGAAGGUUUUGACGGACCUCCCGGAAUCAGCAGACCCGCUCAUCGUUCCUGGAACGCCGAUUCAGUUUGACCUGUGUCCAGCAAGCGAAGAGGGCGACCAGAAUCAGUCUGUUGGCAGACGCACAAACCCAUUUGGAGAAUCAGACCCUGACACAGAUACUACUUCAGAGGAUCAGCUUCUGCGCCGAGUGUUUACCGUGAGAUUUUUGGGCUCCAUAGAAACGAGAACUGACCAGGACAAUGAAGUGAUCUAUGAAACGAUGAGGCAGGUUUUGGCUGCAAGGGCAAUCCACAAUGUCUUCCGUAUGACCGAAUUUCAAAUGGUGGUCAGCUCCAGGAAGCUGAGGUUCGUUGAUCCACACACUCAGAAUACCAAGAUAAGUAUCCCCCUCAGUGAGGUGCCCCUGUGUGCUACUCAUCAGGAUAACAAGAGGUUAAUUGGCUUUGUGGCACGGACUCCUGACUCGGGCUCGGAGAUCAAGGCAUCGCUCAGCUGCUGCAUCUUUGAAACAAAUGACGAUGGAAAUGAGAUAUGUUCUGUUAUCGAUCUCGGAAGGAGAAUUACUCAGGCAGAAAAGGAUCCAGAAGCUUUGGCUGCACUCAUGAAGUCAACAGAACUCAGUGCUGAUGGGAGAUUCCUUCUGCUCGGUCAGACGGACAAAGACGGAAGUGACGCUUGUUUGGAAUCGGAGGCCUAGACAUGUUCAGCACCGCAGCAUCUCACUCGCUAACGGCAUCUUUCCUCCUCCGCUCUCACUUCCCUCGAACUGCACACUGGUGAAGCUAUGGGCAAACUUUCCUUUCACUGGGAGAGAAAGAACCAGUGUUUAUCAUUGUACUUGUAAUUCGGGGUAAAUUAGGGCUAAUUUACACAAUCAAACUUACAAGCAAAAAGGCUUCAUUCAGGAACUCUCAGUAAUAUUUUUAAAGCAGUCUUACACCAGGCAGGUGACAAAGCUUUGAGGAAUCCCAGCAUUUUAUAGUAAACGUAGAAGAAAGAUUUGUAUUUAUGAUCUCUUUCAAAACCUCAGACAUUCCCAACGUGCUUUCUACUUAUUCACAUUGCAGUGUGGCUACAUGUACUGCAAACAUUUCAAACUUGCAGUAGAUAAAUUAACUAAGUUAUCCCAAAAGUAUCUGAGAUAUUUAGCUAAGUAUUUCACCAUAGUGUGCGUGUAUAUGGAGGGUUUUCGCAGGAUAGCAGUUGAUGAUGAAGCUGGAAUACUGAGCUGGUGUGACACAAGUAUCUUUUGUUAGAUGUCUCCCUGGUUGUUAAACAUUGACAAGUCCUUCCAUGUGUGGAAAGUGAUCUUUCACAUCUGCAUUCCCACAUUUAACCACUUGCGUGCUAACAGGUUAGCGAGAUUUCGGUCGUACAAAGGGUAACAAAGAUAAGGGGGGUGGGGG